AGUCGAGGUGGUCGGUAGGUGGCGGAGUGCACAUUUAAUUGUUGCGAACGCCAUUAUACCAACGAAGAAGAAUGUCGCCAAAGCCAGUAAGACCACAGCUUGAAGUUAUUGUUGUGAGUUAUUAAAUGUAGUUUAGCUAGAGUAACCUCCAAAUGCCAUAGUAGUAACGUUAGCUAGCCGUCUUAAAAGGAAGAAGAUGUCAACAAGUGCUGUCACGCUGUUAAUCAUCACUGCUGCUGUAUGCAGCCUGUUGCUCGUUGCUCAAGGGCAGAUGGACGAUGAGGAAUGGAUUGAUCCCUAUGAUAUGUUGAACUACGACCCAAGCACAAAGACCAUGAGAAAGCCUGCUGAGGUUUCACAGCUGACUUCAUGCAAUCUGGUGUUCAAGCAAUUCCUCACCAGGUUUCUAAAGGAGAUUAAAAAAUUUGGCCUGCCCAGUGAUUUCCAGAAUGAUCUCUACUACGACGCCAAAGUAAGACUGUCUCGGCAAGCGUUGGCGGAGAUCUGGAAGCUUCUGGAGGGAAUGGACACCUGUAGAAUGGGGGAUCUGGACGAUGCUCUCAGCCAGAUCCUGGUGGAUCUCAAACCACAUGAACUCGAGGCCUCGAGAUGGCACUUUGAGGACAACUUUGGUGUGGAGAUCGACACAGUCAUGAAGGUGUUUGUUUGUGUCUUAAUUAUAGUGGUCAUCGUCUGCAGCGAGCUGUGGUCUACAGUCUCCUGGUUUGUCCAGUUCAAGCGAAUAUUCACCAUCUGCUUUCUCAUCGGUCUGGUGUGGUUUUGCUUCCUCCUCUACAAGAUUGACUUUGCCGUCGACGCGAAAUGCACCGGGAAAAUUGACUGGUGGGACUUAAAUGAUUGGUACAGAGGUGCCAUGACUCUCCAGGAAGGUCUCUGUAAGAUGUACAACAAAGUCCUCAACGUCAGCCCAAUCCUUCUCGUACCCCAAGCUAAGCACUUUGGCCAGAGGAUCAGCGAGUUGCUCGUAGCCAUCAAGGUCCUACCGGUCACCCGUGAUAUCCCUGUGCUCCUCAUCGUGCUUUCCAUCCUGGUGUUUAUGUACUGUAGAUGCCAGGCAGCCAUCAAGCACUGCAUUACGAGACUGCUGAGAAUCGGCAGGCCCAGGGACACCCCUCCUCCAGCCAUGGACCAGCCCGAGCCCCAGGCCCAUCUGAGAGGUAUAAUACAUGACCCACUGGCAGGGGGGGAGGCCAUUCAAUGCUCCCCUCCCAGAAACGUGGAGACCCUGAGGAACGACGACUGGUCGUUUAGCAACGCCCAGGAAGAGGUACAACAACCAGUUGUAGGUGGGGCCACAACUGCAGGCAAUGACUCACAAGAAGCUAAACCCUCUCUAGCUAAAGCCAAACCCAAUGAGAGGGACGUGACGUCUGAAUCUACUGACGGGGAGUCUAAGCAGCUGGCCGAGAGGCAGCCCUCACCAACUACACAAGGGAAUAAUACGCAGGAGAAGUCAUCAGAAGAGAUGUCGUCUAUCUCAGGGCAGCAUGGUGAAACUGAUAGGGUGCCUGUACAAGAGACUGAACCAACGUCGCUAGCACUAUAGACUAUGUUCUUGGCAUUGACAGCAGUGCGAAAUCUCAAAUCCAUUGGAUGCCUUAAGCCAGUUAUGAAGAUGCAGUUUCUCAAGAUAAUGAAGAAUACUUUUUAUUUCAUUUUUUGAAAAUGUUUUUCAGUUUACACUGUAGGCCAUAGUGAUUUUUUAAAGUCUUUAAAAAAAUAGUAGGUUGUUUACCUGUCUUACAUUAUUUUUUGUUAGGGAAAGACCAGCCUUAAUGUUGUAUAGAUUCCAUCAAUGUAAAUGUCCAUUUACAAUCCCCCAUAUUUUUUUUGUUUAUUUAUAUAUAU